AUGUAUGCGGCUCGGGGUUUCACUGGUAUCAGAAUCAUCAAAUUCAAAACAAGCGGCCCAGGUUGGAACAACAACAUUCAGAGAUUGUGGGAGGUCAGGUCCUUGAUUCGCCAACUGAAACUGCACAAAGAUGACAGGCCUUACUUCGACAAUGAAUUCCUCAUUGAAUGUUCUAUCCCUGAAGAAAGUAUCACUAAUUACUUGAAUUGGGAAGAGGAUAAGAAGACACUCGAUCCAGAUGGCACGUUCGAGAGGGAAGCUCUCAAUGACCUGGACUUCAAGAGAGAAACAGCCAAACUGAAGAAGGAGCGGCGCGAAGAAAAGAAGAAAAUGGCUGAGGAGGCAGCUGCAGAGGAGCGCAAGGCCGACGGCCUGGGCGAGUCUGAGUCUGAGCCUGAGCCUCAGAUGAAGAAGCGAAAGGUCGGCAAAUUGGUGAAGGUUGGCAUCAAGAUGGGCCGCGACGUCGGGGUCUGA